AUUGUGUUGUCCUGUAACUACCCCGUUGAGAAUGUUGUUAGAACAGUACUUUUGUUAGUGCCGCGGAUGGGUCGGCCAUUUUGGCUUGAGAGAGGGAGAGAGAGAGAGGGGAAGUGGUCGGUGAGCUGUGAGCUGCUUCUAUUCUCUUCCUGUGGGAAAGAGGAGGGGAUGUGUUAGUGAGUGAGUGAAGAAAAUGGCGGCUAUGCAGGGCAACCUUUUUUUCGCCUCAAUGCUGCAAACACAUUGAACUCCCGUAGCCUUAUAAUUUGCUUUCAUAUUCACUCUGUUGCACUUUAUAUUCAUGAGAGAAUUGGAAGCUAAAGUCACCAAAGAAGCUGACCAGAAGAAUAACAGGGAUAUAGUGCAAGAAAAGGAAGAACAGUUGAUGGAAGAAAGGAAAAAGAGAAAAGAAGACAAGAAAAAGAAGGAAGCUGCUCUUAAGGCCACUGAACAAAAAAACAAAGUGCCAGAAUCAAAGUCCAGUUCAAGCCAGCCUCAGUCUGCCAACCCUAACAACGGCACUUCAGCUGUAACCAGCAGCAUCAGCAAUGCCAAGCGGGCCGCAGCCUCCAGCAGCCAGCCGCAAGCCUCACCUCGAUACCCGCCCCGCGAAGUUCCACCGCGUUUCCGACACCACGAGCAGAAACAGCUGCUGAAACGGGGUCAGCAAUUACCUGUCCUCGCUGAAAAUCUGGGAGCGAGAGCCCAAGCGCUGAACAGCAGGAGCACCGUGACCACACCGCCAGCCAGUGACGGACCGCUGCAGAACGGCAACAAAGACAACCACACAGGCAUGCCCCCCAUACGGGAUUUGGUCAGCCACUCUCCUAACCAGUCAGAUUUGAAUCACGGUGGUCUGGGAUCACAUUAUGAAAAUUCCCACUGGGGACCUGGCUCUUCUGGCAGCGAUUCCAACACCAACUGGGACAAAGUUAUUGUAGACGGGUGUGAUAAGGAAGCCUGGCCUUCAAUCACUGGCAGUGACCCAGAGUUGGCUUCAGAAUGUAUGGACGCUGACUCUGCCUCAAGCUCUGGGUCCGAGAAAAACCUUAGUAUAAUGGCAUCUGAGAACGCUAUUGGUGACAAUGAUGGCAAUAGAAAUGGCAACGGACACAGUUCUCAGAAUCAUUUUAUGGUUGGAAAUGGCAGCAAUAAUGUCGACAAUGGAAGUAUUAAUGGGCCUUGGGGUUUAUCCCGUGGCUCAAUGUUAAGCACAUGUCAAGGUUCUGUGGAAGGUCCCAACAGCAAGUUAACUGAAAGUAGUCAUGCUAAAAUAAAUGCAUGGGGUAACUUAGGUUCCUCAACCAAUGGAGGUAUAAAUCCAAGCACUUUGAACCCAAAUGCCAACCAUGGUGCCUGGCCUGUUUUGGAAAACAAUGGGCAUAAUCCACAAGGGCCUGUGGGAAGUGGGAAUAAUGGCACCAAUAUUCAACGUAGCACCAUAGGUCAAAUGCCCAACAAUCAGAGUAUUAACUCUAACAUGGGUCAUUCCAUCCAUGGAUCCUGGGGAAGCCUUCAGGAAAAUGCUGAAUCUGAAGUCAAUGGUACAAGGAAGGUUUCUUUAAGCGGUCAACCUCAAAACCUUAACACUGAAACGAAUGGACCAAAUAACACUACUAACAUGAUGACCUCUAGUUUACCAAACUCUACUGGUUCAAUGCAGAUGAAUGAACUGCCUAACAUUACAGGGCCCCGGGCCUGGCGUAUGAGCACAGUAAACCCUUCUCAACAUCAGGCCUCAUCAGUUUCUAAUGGCACUUCCAUUUCUCAGUAUAACAAUGGUGAGGGAAUUAAUGGCGGGUCUUAUGGUACGACAUGGGGUGUGCCAGGCACUAACUACUCUGGAGACAAAUGUCAAGUCCCUAAAGGCCAAGCAAUUGGUGACACUGUGAAUGCAACUCUAAUGCAGUCUGCGAUGAACGGAUCAGCAGCAGGUGCUGUUUCUUUUAAGAAUAGUAGCAGGGUUGGCAGUCGUGGGGGAGCAUGGGAAUCUGGUACAGUCAACUCCCACAAUGUGGCAUGGGGAACGGGGAACAGUGUGGGCUCAGGAGGGGUUCAGCGAGCUUGGGGAAGCGCUUCUUCAAACACUGGCACUAACUUAUCCAAUGGGGAAUGGAACAACCUGUCUAAUAAUCAGCAUUCCAAUGAUGGCAUGAAUGGGAACGGCAAUAGGAAGGGAACAAAUGGAUGGAAGUCCCUUGAGGACGAUGCUCUUUGUGGUCAGAAUUCUGUGAUUUCCCAAGUGAAUGAGCAGAACAGUGUAUGGGCCAAAUCUACAGCUACUAAUGUGGAAAGCGAGGGUAGCACAGAAAGCACUGGAAGUCAAAAUGAGAAAAUGAAAGGGGAUGGACACAGGGGUCGUGACAGGAGAAAAGCUGACCCACAAGGGUUAAUCCAGAAUACUUUGAACAGACCGGACUUAGACCCAUGUGUCCUUUCCAACACUGGUUGGGGUCAGACUCCAAUCAGACAGCACACUGCCUGGGAUAUAGAAGCUUCAAUGCAAAUUGAGAAAAAGACUGAUAUUGGAACAGGAGCCUGGGGAGGUGCCGUUUCCCAGACUUCUAACUCAGGGGGGUGGGGGGAUGGGCCUAUCUCAAACAGCAAUGAUACCUCAUCAGUAUCUGGGUGGGCCGAUCAGAAGCCUGCCACAGGGUGGGGAGACACCAAAGGCUCUAGCAGCCAAGGGGGUUGGGAUGACAAAUCUGCUUCUGCUGCUACAGGAGUGGUCAAGAGCAAUCAAUCAUGGGGAUGUAGCAAAGAAGAUAAGUCUUCUACAUGGAAUGAUGCAGAAAAGGUAAAACCGGGAUGGAUAGAAGGACAGAAAUCAAAGCAAGGUUGGGGGGCUCCAUCUCGGGGUGAGGAGUGGGGGGAAGCUCCAAAAGCUAACCAAUGGGGUGAGCCUCAGAAAUCGGGUUCUGGUGGCUGGGAUAGUGACAGUGAUAGAUCAGUUUCUGGCUGGAGUGAACCAGGUAGAUCUGGUUCUGGUACUAAUACAUGGGGAGGAGGUAGAGGUGGGGGUGAUGGUAAUAAUCCAAACCCAAGUAAAGCUUCAGGCUGGGGAGAACCUGCAAAGGCUAAUAACCAAUCUCCAGGUUGGGGAGAGCAGUCAAAGACUAACCAGCCCCAAGGCUGGGGAGAGCCAUCAAAGCCUAAUAACCAGUCUCAAGGUUGGGGAGAACCAUCAAAGACUAACCAGCCCAAAGGUUGGGGAGAGCAGUCAAAGACUAAUAACCAGUCUCAAGGUUGGGGAGAACCGUCAAAGCCCAGUAACCAGCCCCAAGGUUGGGGAGAACCGUCAAAGCCAAGUAAUUCCCCUGAUUGGAACAAGCCACAGGAUGUUAGUGGUGGAUCAUCGUCUUGGGGAGGAGCUCCGUCCUCAUCUUCAUCUGCCACCAAUAAACCUGCGGGCUGGCAAAAUGGACCAGUGCCAGCCGCACCAAAGGAGGAAGAGCCGACAGGCUGGGAGGAACCGUCGCCAGAGACUAUCAGGCGCAAAAUAGAAAUUGACGACGGAACCUCUGCUUGGGGAGACCCAAACAAAUACAAAUACAAAAAUGUGAACAUGUGGAAUAAAAACGUUGCGAACAGUAUUACCGGAUCUGAACAGGAAGCACAGGUACAACAGCAGCAGCAGCAGCUGCCGCAACCACCGCCAAGUGCCAUGCUGAACAAAGAGAACAGUGGUGGCCCUGGAUGGGGAGAGCCUUAUGGUGUUCAGGCGAAGUCUGAAUCAUCUUGGGGAGAGCCGUCCGUUCCACCUACCACUGUAGACAAUGGAACGUCUGCCUGGGGCAAACCCAUAGACACUGGUAACAGCUGGAGAGAGCCUGGUAAUGAGACCGCUGGCUGGAGUAACACUCCGGUCGGGCAACAGCCUCAAAAUAAACCCGGACCCAAACCUAUGCAAGAUGGCUGGUGUGGUGAUGAAAUGUCAAUGCCAGGGACUCGUCAUCCCAGCUGGGAGGAGGAGGACGACGUGGAAAUUGGAAUGUGGAACAGUAACCCUUCGCAGGAGAUGAACCAGUAUUCAAACUGGCCGUCUUGCAUGAAGAAAAUGCCUCCAAAGGGCACAAUAAAAGGCGGGAACAAACAGGAUGAUGCAUGGAUGAAUCAAUUUGUGAAGCAGUUUUCUAGUGUUGGUUUCUCUAGGGAUUCUUCUGAAGAAGCCCUAAAGAGCAAUAAGAUGGACAUGUCUGGAGGAAUGUUGCAUGACAAGAGAAUGGACAUGGAUAAGCAUGGCCUAAAUGCUGGUGAAUAUAAUGUUAUAGGAAAGGGCUCUGGCUCCCGCCCACAGAUCUCCAAAGAGUCUUCCGUGGAACGCAGCCCUUACUAUGAUAAGCUGUCUUUGGCCAUGUCUGGGCACGAUGGCAGUGUAGCAGAAGAACCCCAAAAUGUACAGUUUGUUUCUAAUCAAAAUAUGAAGCUUCCCCCUUCAAACAAUGCACUACCUAAUCAGACCCAUGGCUCUGUGGCAGGGCUGGGUAUCCAAAACUUGAAUUCUGUUAGACAGAAUGGCAAUCCCAAUAUGUUCAGUGGCAGUAAUGCAGCAGCACAAGCCAGGGGCAUGCAGCAGCCUCCAGCACAACCUCUUAACUCAUCUCAGCCUAACCUCCGUGCUCAAGUGCCUCCUCCAUUGCUCUCCCCUCAGGUUCCAGCGUCAUUAUUGAAGUAUCCACCAAACAACGGGGGCCUGAGUCCGCUCUUUGGCCCUCAGCAGGUAGCCGUGCUCAACCAGCUUUCCCAGUUAAACCAGCUAUCGCAACUCUCACAGAUCUCUCAGCUGCAGCGGCUCUUGAUGCAGCAACAGAAAGUUCAGAAUCAGAGAAGUAUGCCAUCUGGUGGACGUCUGCAGCAAGACCAGCAAGGUCGGCCACUCGGCAUGCCUCAGCAGAUGAUGCAGCCUCCACGCCAGCUGGACCCCAACCUGAUGAAACAGCAGGCUCACCUCCAGCAGCAACAACUCCAUCAGCCUGCCAUGAAGUCCUUCCUGGAAAACU